UGAGAAUUCACCUUACUAUGCUGACCUCGCAGCCAAGGCAGUUAAUGGAGCUUGGGGCAGCUGGGGCAGUCUCAGUGGAUGUUCAACAUCAUGUGGUAGAGGCUCCAGAAGAAGAACAAGACAAUGUAACAACCCACCACCCAGUGGGGCAGGUGUAUCUUGUAAAACUGGUUCGUCCAUUGAAUAUCGGGCCUGCACAAAUAGGCCUUGUCCAAUGCUCAUGGAGAAUGGAGUGAUUGGUCAGCAUUUAGUCCCUGUACUGCAACAUGCGGGGGAGGUACCCAAACACGGAACAGAUCAUGUGACAGUCCAAUACCAAAUCAUGGUGGUGAUGACUGCUUGGGUCUUGACGGAGAAACUCAGUUGAUUAAUGAAACUGAAAGUGCUGAUUGCAACAUGGA